AUGAAGGCCUCCAUCCCGCGGACGGCCAACUUCUCCUGGUCACCAGCCUCUUUGCAGGUAGCUGAGCCAUACAUCGCCACGGGAACAGCAGCUGGCGCACUUGAUGAAAGCUUCAGCAAUGAGAGUGUCAUCGAGAUCUGGCAGCCGAAAUAUCGUGGAGGCAACAACGACGAAGAGAUCAAGCCACUCGGAAGCGUAGCCACCAGUGCAAAGCUCAACCGCUUGGCUUGGGGCUAUGUUCACCCAAGCUAUCCAAAGGGCUUGCUGGCUGCUGGUCUUGAGAAUGGAGAGCUCGGCGUUUGGGAUGCUCAGAAGAUCAUCGAUGGCAGUAGCGACUCGCAAAUUCUCCGGAACACAACUCACACUGGCCCUGUCCGAGGUCUCGACUUCAACCUCAACCAGACCAACCUUCUCGCCAGUGGAGCCGUGAACGGAGAAAUCUACAUUUGGGAUCUGACCAACCCAACAAAGCCAUACUCGCCAGGAGCUCGAUCUACCAAGCUCGAUGAGAUCACCGCCCUCAGCUGGAACGCCCAGGUACCGCACAUUUUGGCUACCUCGUCCUCCUCUGGCUACACAGUCGUUUGGGAUCUCAAGAACAAGCGAGAGGUCUGCGCUCUCGCCUACGGAGGGGGGGCCGGGACAGCAGCAGGCGGACCUGGAGGAGUGGCCAACGGCGCUCUUGCUGCUGGCGCACGGAGAGGAAUGGGCGCAGUGGCAUGGCAUCCCGACAUCUCCACUCGACUGGCUACAGCAUCCGAAGACGACUCGUCUCCUAUCAUUAUGCUCUGGGACCUGCGCAUGGUUCGUGCUCCGGAGAAGAUCAUGACUGGGCACGACAAGGGCGUCCUAUCCCUCUCGUGGUGCAAGCAUGACUCGGAUCUGCUCCUUUCCUGCGGCAAGGACAACCGCACAAUUGCUUGGAACCCACAGACUUGCGAGGUCGUCGGAGAGCUCCCGCCGUCGAGCAAUUGGUCUUUCGACGUGCAAUGGUGCCCUCGCAACCCUGAACUACUUGCCACUGCUAGCUUCGACGGCAGGGUAGGUAUCCACAGCAUGCAAGCUACCAACCAGGCCGACGAGUCAGGAGCGGCUGCUGCUGCCCCAGCUCCAGCAGCUGACGGCUCGGACAUCUUCAAUCUGCCUCCUACUGUUGAGACCGCUUCACAAGGUCUGACCCUCAAGCAGCCUCCAAAGUGGCUUCGGCGCCCAGUGGCUGCUAGCUUUGGGUUUGGUGGACAGCUCGUCUCCGUCCCAAAGCAGACUCCAGGUGCCGGCAGCUCCCGAUCGGUCAAUCUUCGCAACGUGGUCACUGAGCCCGCCAUCGUCACUCGAGCUACACGGCUACAAGAGGCCAUCGAAUCUCAGACUCUCGCGCAAUUUUGUGACGAGCGCUCGAAGGAGGCGGUCAACUCCAAGCCAGAGGAGGUUGCAAACUGGAAGGCGCUCCAGACCCUCUUCCAGGCAGACUCUCGUGAUGAGCUCGUCUCCCUCCUCGGCUUCAACAAGGAGGACGUGGCGGCAAAAGUCGCAAAUGCAAUUUCUGCCUACAAGCGUGGCGGCCCGUCUUCCCUUUCAGGUCUGAGCUCUACGCCUGGUACCCCUUCCGCCAAGCCAGCCAGCGCUGAUCCGGUCACCUCUACCCUAUCGGAGCUCGGCGAACCCGCCACACCUCACGAGCCAGUCGUGUCAUUCGCAGAGCAGACCUCUGUUAGCACAGCAGAGGGCAGUGGUCUCGAAGCUACCCCGAGUGAGAUCUCAACCCUCUCCUCUGACAACAAGGGCACUACAGAAGGCGGUGAGAGCGAGGCAACGGAGCCCAGUCUGUUCUCUGAAGAUGCAGGUGCAAAUGGCUCCUCUGCGACGGAUCAAGCCGGACUUGAGUUCUUCAACACUAUUUCCGGAGAAAGUGGAGCUGGUGUCCGAUCGGCUGUACCUGAGCGGGUUCUCGUCCCUCACAUGACCUUCCCACCAGCUUCUUCCGUAGCGGCAACUGCUGGCUCGCCUGGUCCAAGCUCAGUAGCAUCGGCAGAUCUUCGACCGACGACGUUCCGAAUCUAUCCCUCCGACGAGUCGGAUGCAGACAAGCUGAUCACCAGAGCGCUGGUCUUGGGAGACUUUGAGAGCGCCGUCAGCCUCUGUGUAUCCACAGAUCGCUUUGCUGAUGCUCUGUUGCUGGCUGUUCGUGGUGGACCAGACCUUCUCGCUCGCACCCAGAAGACUUACUUCGAGAGGAGGACAACCUCGCUGCCUUACCUGCGACUCUUCCAGAGCAUCGUCUCCGAUGACCUGACAGAUGUUGUGCAAAACGCAGACCUGAAUGAAUGGCAGGAGAUCUUCGUCGUCCUAUGCACCUUUGCCAAGGCAGAAGACUUCUCGAAUCUGGCAGAGCAGCUAGGUCAGCGCCUUGAAUUCCAGUAUGUCAAGACUUCGGGACAGGCUGGUGCGGGCGCUGACUCUACAAAGCUAACCAAGGCAAAGCAGCACCGCAAGAACGCCAUCUUGUGCUACCUUGCUGCCGGCAAGCUCGAGAAGGUCGCUGGCAUGUGGAUCGAUGAGAUGAAGGAAGAGGAAGCUGCGAUUGCUGCUGCUCGCAAGGCAGCUGGAGCUGCUGAUGGAAGCAAGGCCAAUGGUACCUCGACCGAGCAUGCGGCUUCAUCACUAUACUCUGCCCACGCAGAGGCGCUUCAGACUUUCAUCGAGAAGAUCACUGUCUUCCAGAAUGCUGUUGGAUACGUUGACGCAGACCUACAGCAGCCUACGACUAGCGAGGCAGUUGCUGCCAGUGGAGCACGUACCUACAAGCUUGCUGCUCUUUACGACCGCAUUCACGAGUACGUUGAGCUGCUGGCGGAUCAAGGUCUCCUGACUCCUGCUUUGAAGUACGUGAACCAGACGCCAAGCGACUACGCUGCUCCCUCGGCCAGCAGCGACACGACUUCAUCUUCCGCAGCAGUUGGCCUUCAUCCAGCUCGGGAGAGGCUUCUCCAGGCUGAUUCUGCUCGAUCUGGCGGAAAGGGAGCUGCUCAGGCCGCUGCUGCUCCAGCUACCCAGGCGUACGCGCAACCAUCGGUCAGCGCACCUGCACCUGUACAACAGCAGCAGCAGCAACAGCUCUACUCGUCAUCGUCGUCUACUGCUGCACCAAGCUAUGGGCAAAUGUAUGACCCUUACGCGGCCGCCAACCCUGGAGCCAUCAGCAACCAGAUCAACCCUUACAGUGUUCCGGCUCCUCAGCAGCAGCAGCAGCAACCGGUGCAGCAAGUGCAGCGACAACAGUCUUACGGAGGCUAUGCUCCUCCGGUAUCUCAGUACUCGAGUGGCUACGAGGCGCCCACUCAAGCUCCCCCGCUGCAGCGCCAGCCCUCCAUGGUUCCUGCUCCUCCUCCGAUGCUGGACUCGACCCCUACGCCUUACGGUAUGCCAUCGCACCAGCAACAGGCACCAGAGAUGGCGGCUCCUCCACCGCCUCCCCCAAAGAGAGCGGACGGUGGCUGGAACGAUAUUCCAGACUUGCCAUCUGCCGCUAAUCGUCGGGCAGCCUCGGCAAUGGGACAGAAAGCUGCGCCGAUCAUGUCUCCCUUCCCGAAUUCACCAGUGCCGACUCCAGGACCAUACGGUCAACAGUCUCCCGCUGCCCCACCUCCGCGCGGUGGCACGCCCGGUGCUCGCAGUUUCGCCAGCCCGCCGCCUCCCCAGGGAAGUGGCUUCCAGCAACAGCAACAACGCGGCCCUCCUCCGCCUCGACCACCGCCUCAGGGGCCAUCUAGGAGCGCAAGCGGUGCUGGGAUGAGGCCUCAACAGGGCGCUGGAGUCCCCCCUGUGCCUUCGGUCCCUCAGAUUCCAGCUUUGGGCGGAGGACCCGGUCCUUACGCUCCUCCUCCCGGCCAGCAGCAGCAGCAGCAGGCAAGGCCGUCUGGACCCUACGCGCCUCCCCCGGGACAACAAGGUGGUCCUCCACAGCAAUUGUCUCAGGGUCCUCCAGGCCCACCGGGCAUGCCCUUCGGCCCGCCUGGUCAAGUCCGUCCCCCGCCUGGUAGCGUCGCACCUCUGAACCGCUCUCAGACGCCCGGAGCCGGUGCUGGUCCGCCUCGCUCGCACACUCCCGCAGGUGCCAGACCGGGAGCACCCCAGUUCAAGUACCCACCUGGAGACCGAGCCCACAUCCCCGAGGCCCAACGCGGCAUCUUUGCCACCCUCUCUCGAGAGCUAAGCCGAGUGAAAGCAACUGCUCCCCCUGCCCAGAAGCGGGUAGUGGACGACUCGGAGCGUCGCUUGAACUCGCUGUUUGACUACCUCAACAAUGGAAUGAUCCCGGAGAAGGUGCUGGGCGGUCUGCAGGAGCUGGUGAGGGCCAUUGAGGCUAGGAAUCAACAGGCGGCACUCCAGCUGCAUGUGCAGGUCGCCAGCUCCGCUUCGGGUGAGGUGGCAGCGAUGCUUGUUGGUGUCAAGUUCCUGAUCACAAGGCUGACUGCCUGA